AGAAGUCUGACUGAUCCAAUGUUACGACGGUCAGUGACGUGGCCUGAAAACAUUUCAGACAUAAACUGCAACUGUUAUUUUAGCAAGCAAUUUUUCUACCAAAAAGUUUCCACAGGUGAAAGUAUUAGCAAAGAUUACUGGAUUUCAUUCAGCUAUUUUACAUCUAUUAUAGUUUGUUAUUACAGUAGGAGUUAUGACCACAUGAUAUAAUCUAGAAAUUUUAAUGCAAGUUCAUCUAGUCCAGAAAAAGUGUGCACUUUAACUAUGUCAGAACAAUACUUGUAUACAAAGACUGAGGAGAUUCGAGGCUGUGAGACGAAAAAAUUUCGGCCUUGGUGACAAUCAAGUAUGAAAUGCAUUAUUAAAACAAUGUCCUGACACUACUUUUUUUACAUAGAGGAAAACUUAAAUUGGCAUCUUUUUUUGCUUGAGAGCUAAAACAGCCUGGACGCCUCAGCUGGCCAUAAAGCUGAUUGAUCCCAUAAAGCUGACUGAUCCCAUGCCAUUUUCAUACUUGCUUCUCCUGAGAUGCAGCCCCAUAUUCCUUCAAAUUUCUUCAGAUUUUAAGCAGAAAAAUCACCAUUAUAUCAAUUUCUUGUAAAGCCCUUUUGGAACUGAGCUAUUAUCAUAGGGCUAGUAGCAAGUAUAAUUUGAAAUCCCACAUUUUCACCAACAGGUGGAGCUUACAUUUUAUAUUUAAUGACUUUAAAUUCAAAUAAUAUAUAUUAAAAAUGAUACUUUAUACCUCACAGACUCAAAACAUCACUGUUUCAGAUAAGACUUGGACCACGAGAUUUUAUUUCAAUAUUCCACUGUAUGCAAAUAAACCCUAGGCCAGGUCCUCUUCUUACUGACACCAGGUGCAAAGCUCCCUAUAUUUUUAAUGACUGAGUAAUUAGAUGCAUUUUCACUUUUCUGUAAAUGUGCUUCUUCCUAUUAUAUUCUGUCUCCUAUUGACACCACCUUUUCCCAGUUCUUCAUACAUGUAUUGCUUAUCUCACACAUAGGUUUCAAAUAAACUUUAUUGAUCUCAAAACUGAACCCGCAGCUGUAAAGGGGUAUUGAUGCAAAUUUUGUGUAUCAGCCUUCUUCCAUUUACUUCUUCACAGGACAACACUAAUAUGCAUUACAGCAUCUGCUGUUAUUACUUAACUGGAGUAGUAGGCCACAGGGGGUAGAAGCUAUGCCUGAUGCAGAAAACUAUUUAGAAUUACUCUCAUUAUUUCUCCUGAGGGAGAAAUUAUGCUUUGCAAAUCCUUUAAUAUCCUUAUUUCUUUGCAUCUACCUAAUAAUAAUCUUUAUUACCUCUGGCUCUUUAGUAACAGUCUAGCUUCCAGGAAGUAUCUCCUCAACAUUGUUGGAGUCAUAAUAACAUGGAACAUUACAGGCAAAAUUGAAAAAGAACCUUAAAAUCAAAUAGUUUUUUAAAAGUGCUGUGGAGAAGGAACAUCCUUAAUCCUCUGAAGAUACUGCAGAGAUGCUCUGCCAAAAUGACUUUUGGUGGCACCAGUGCAUCUCAGGACGAGCAAAACAAGAAAACGCCUGAAGAAUACACUCCUAGAUAUAAAUACACCUGCAAAUAUAUGUAAGCACACGCACUUACAUAAUGUAAUUACGCAUACGAACACUAUUAUUAAAUGCGCUUCUCCACUGCUAAUUCCCUACUCCCCCACAGGGCCGAGCCCCGCCCUCGGCUCCCACGGCGCAUGCGCACGCGGCGGCACGCUCGGCCCCGUCUCUACCGCGCACACCCAGGAGGAAGGAAUGAGAGUUUUUUCUUAUGGCUGCUCCAGGAAAGGUGGCAGCUUUCCGUCUGCCUCCCCUGCCAACUAUUGGAGAGAUUAUUAAACUCUUUCGCCUUAAAGCACUGAAACAGCUUUCCCAGAACUUUCUACUGGAUUUGCGAUUGACAGACAAGAUAGUGAAACAGGCUGGUGAGCUGAAGAAUGCCCAUGUUUGCGAGGUGGGCCCUGGGCCAGGAGGAAUUACCAGGUCCAUUCUCAGUGCUGGUGUUGAACAACUCCUUUUAAUUGAAAAAGAUGCUCGAUUUAUUCCAGGAUUGCAGAUGCUAUCUGAAGCAGCUCCUGGAAAAGUGCGCAUCGUUCAUGGAGAUAUCCUGACCUAUAAGAUGGAGAAGGCUUUUCCAAAGCACUUAAAAAAGAACUGGGAGGAUGAACCACCAGAUAUACAUAUCAUUGGGAAUCUGCCCUUCAGUGUUUCGACUCCUCUCAUCAUCAAGUGGCUUGAGAAUGUUUCAAAAAGGGAUGGACCUUUUAUUUAUGGCAGGACACAGAUGACGCUGACUUUUCAAAAGGAAGUUGGGGAGAGACUUACAGCUAAUCCAGGAAGUAGCCAACGCAGCAGACUGUCCAUCAUGGCUCAGCAUCUCUGCACUGUGGAAAACUGUUUCAUAAUUCCAGGUCAAGCCUUUGUUCCAAAGCCAGAGGUGGAUGUGGCUGUGGUGCAUUUCACUCCAUUGGUGCAACCAAAGAUACAGCAGCCAUUUGAGCUGGUAGAAAAGGUGGUUCAAAGUGUUUUUCAGUUUAGAAGAAAAUACUGCUUCCGUGGAAUUGAGACCUUGUUUCCUGAAAAUGGGCGCUUGAAAAGAACAGAACAGCUGAUGAUGACAGCAGAUGUUGAUCCAACUCUGCGUCCUUUUCAGCUGUCUAUGUCACAGUUUAGAAACUUGUGCAAUGCAUACAGGAAAAUGUGUGAUGAAGACCCAAGCCUUUUUGUGUUCAACUACAGAGAAGAACUACGGCAGAAGAAGAUGACAAGAGGUUUACUUGGAAGUACUGGUCAACCUGAACAGACUGAAGAGAAAAAUCAGCUGUAACAGCACAAGUCUGAUUUUUUUUAUUAGUUUUAACUCCUUGAUCUACAGGUAUUGACUCAGUAAAAGAAGGUUUAGAUGGUCCUACAUCUAUGCAGAUAUGAAAGACCUACUUCUGAGAAGGUUGUAGAGAGAGAGGGCAUCUCAGUAUUCCAUUCAGCUGCACACAAAAGAGAAAAGGCAAUCCGGGUUCUUUUUACUUCAGGGGAAUGGCUAAAACACAUACCAAGAAACAAGGUACGUUGUGAGAAAGGUAACUAAGUUGCAAUACUUCUGAUAUAAUUGAAUUUUGUAUAAAUGAAAGUGCUUCACUGAAAUUGAAGAAAAAUACUUUUCAGACAUCACGACAUAGGAUGGUGUUUGGGUUUUUGUGCUUUUUUAUCCUGGAACAUCCUCCUCUGCAGAAUAAUUUAAAAAACAGAAGCCAAGACUCUUAUAAAUACACUCAAGUGACUGGCUUACGGGAGGAUAAAGUGCAACAAUUGCCUCAAGGUCUGCUAAUACUCUUCUCAUUUAUGCAGAAGCAAAGAAUUUGGGAUUUAAAGCUCCAACUACAGAAAAGCAGCACAAUAAAAAGUAGAAAACAUGGCUAAGUACAAUACUUUUUUGUCUUUUACUGUACAGGCUCAUAGAGAAAAUAAAAAAUACAGUCAAAUAAAA